AAUCUUCUCUAUAGUUAGACCCAGAAAGUUGCUUUACAUGGCCAUUGAUGGAGUGGCUCCAAGGGCAAAAAUGAAGCAGCAAAGAUCUCAUCGUUUCAGAGCAUCUAAAGAAACCAAGGAGCUCUUUUACCACCAGAAAAAGGAAAAACUGAACACUUUGACAGUAACUGUAUUACACCAGGGACAGAGUUCAUGGCCAAUUUGUCCAUAUGUUUAAGAUACUACAUUGCUGACAGAUUAAACAAUGAUCCUGGAUGGAGGAAUAUAAAAGUAAGUACAUUGCACCUUAAUGUGAUAUUAUCAGAUGCUAAUGUUCCUGGAGAGGGUAAGCACAAGAUUAUGGACUACAUCAGACAGCAAAGAGCAAGUCCACAUCAUGACCCAAACACAAAGCACUGUUUGAAUGGCGCUGAUGGACUUGCAACUCAUGAACUUCACUUCACAAUCAUCAGGGAAGAGUUUAAACCAAACCAGAAGAGACCUUGUGAGAUGUGUGGUCAAAUUGGCCAUGUUAUGGAUGAAUGUAUGGGUCUUCCAAAAGAAAAACAAGGGGAGUUUGAUGAGCUCCCUGCACCUGUGGCUCAAGAGUCUAUUUUCAUCAGGCUGAACGUUUUACGAGAGGAACACUUUUAAUAGCUGAUGAAUAGGGGUUAGGAUUAUAGUAACAUGAUAGAGAAUAGGUGGAAAAGGAAUAAAGUCAGGGGGGUGCUAGGAGGAAAUGGGAGGGAAGAGAGAUCUUUUUUUGAAUUGCUACAUUUUUAAGAGCCCCCUAAAAAGCCGUGCUCCUAUUUUUAAACACACCCUACAAAUUAAAUCCCUUUUAGAAAGUUACGUUAAAAAUGAAUCAAUAAUAAUAAUACUAGACGAUUUCAUAUCAGCUAUCUUUUAUUUGCCAGUGUAUGUGGAAAUCGGGGUGUAUGUAUUAAUUAACAUCAGUUUUUUUAUUCAGUAACCAAGC